AUGGCGCAUCAGGAGUCUGUUGCUGAGCCAUUGCUUGCGGAGGAAGAAAGAGCCCGGACUCCUCCUCUUGCCCAUCCGUCCUUCGAAAAAGAUCUUCUCACGCAAGCACCGAAGAGGAACUUCACGAGGAGAUUCGCCCCAUGGCUCAUUCAUCUAAGCAUCUUUCUGAGUUACACAGUCGUUACAUUGGCCAUCGUUCGCCAUGCCCUCCCGUCCGCUGCCUCCCACAGCGAUAGGAGCGAAGUAACUCGUCCAGCACUUCCCUUACCAGAUCGAGAGGGUCUGCAAUGGCGAACUCGACGAUUCCCCACGAACAUCGCCGACAGUCCACUGGCAGGGACCCCACGGCCGGAGUUGGAAAGUGCCUGGCAUGACCUUCUGCAAAACGACAACAUCCACGUGCCAAUCGAAUAUCUCCGGGAGAAAAACUUGAAUUCGGUGUACACCAAAGAUCACACCGAAGGGAUCGUGUCUCUUAGCGUCUAUCACUCGUUACACUGCCUGAAAAAAAUAAAGCACAUGAUGUUCAAGGAACACUACUACGCGGACCGCGACGAAGCCGCCAUGGCGCGCGAGUGGAAGCACGCCGACCACUGCGUCGAGUACAUCCGGGAGAGCCUGAUGUGCCAGCCCGACCUCGCCCUCGUCACCUUCCGGUGGAUCAACGACACGGCGCAACAUGCGGCCGCCCCGGCCGAGUUCUACCCGACCAAUUUCGACGUCGACGCGCACCGGUGCGCGGACUGGGAGGCGCUGGAUCGCUGGGCUGGCCAGCGGGCGUUUGAUCUGUCUCGGGUGGAUCUGUUGAAUCGGCCGCGGGGGAAUUGA